AUGGCACGUGGGCCGACCUGGCCACGCCCGCUUCUUCACCUGGAGCGCGCGCUCCCUCGGCUCUGGCACGGGAGCGCUUACGGGAAGUGGGUGGAGGGAGAGAUCGCGGCCUCUCCGUGCGGAGCGUCACGGAAAAGCGAAACGACACUGUGGCGCAAGCGAUGUUUGAUUCCCGUGGGUCGAAGAAGGGAGCACAGCAUGGCCGUAGCAGGCGGGGAACAGCUGCUGCUGCUGGCGUUCUUCGUGUCCACUGUGUCAGGGGCCCAGAAGCUCGACGUCACGCCUGACGCAGGCACCAGCCUCAUCAUCGGCGGUCCACGGGUCAGAGGGUGCGUCGUGUGCACCGGGCCAGGACCGUCACCGUCGCCGCCGUGCGGUUCCUCUCUGCUGCUGAACGGCAACACUUCCGUCUCGCUGGACUUUAAUUGCUCCAGACCUCAGGAUGUGUUCCAGGUGGAAAUAGUGCGAAGCGUAGAAUGCAGCACAAAGUCCUGUAACGGUCACAUCGUCCAGUCUGACUCCAGCUUCAGUCUAUUACUGGCUUUUAACCGCACGUUCACCUGGAACCUGAACGCCUCGCCACAGACGGCGUUCAGAAUAGACUUCCCCAAGCCGGGCCUGAGACAGAUCCGUCCAUGGGAGGCGUGUGAGGACGGACACAGCUUCACCCUCCAGGCCUCACGGGCCACAGGGAGCGCCACCAUAGGGAAAUACUGCAGAGAGGGAAGUAUCAGCAGUGUUCAGAUUCAGAGCAACGGGAGGUUCUCUGUGGAGGUUCCUGCAAGACAGAAGCUGCAGAAUGAUCAGUUCAACGUGUCUGUGGGGGAAGAAAUCCAGUCCUUCGCUAAGAUCACACUGACGUUCCCAGAGGGAACCUCGUCCUCUGAGCUGCUGUCUCCAAACUACCCGGACAGUGUUCCCAGCAGCAGCGUGAUAGAGUGGGACAUUCAGGUUCCAGACAAACACGGGACUUCUGUUCAGUUCCAGAACAUCUCACAGCCACGUUGCCUGAAGAACAUGGCGGCGGUGGAGUAUCGCAGCAAAGGGGGAGAAGCGUUGGUCCGGAGCCUCACAGACGCCCAACGUAAUGAGGAAACGGGGAACGUCUCCGUGACGCUGAGGAACUGUGAGAUGGACAUGAAGCGGUCGACCUCGGGACUCUCUGUCAGCCUCAGGGUGUCGAUCACACAAGUGCGCUGCAGGGUGAACAUGAGCGAAGCCGAGGGUCUCGCUCUUCGCGUUGACAAAGUCAGGCCGACCUCCGGGUGCAAGAUUGCGCUCAACUCGGAGAUGAAGGACGAAAUCACGGUCGCGUCAAGCGGGGAGCUCUCGUUCCAGGACUGCUCUCCUGAGGACGUACAGGUCACUGCCACCAGGGUCAUAGAGUGUAGACAACUCAGGGACUGCCCCCGGGCCCCGUUCCCCCUGGUGGUGCCCACGCUGCCCCGCUGCCUCCCCGCCCCCCUGAGCAGCGUGACCUGGACCUUCAGGCUUCCUCAGCACGCCACCCUGGAGCUCGCCUCCCCCCGCGGGCCCCUGAAGCAGGCCCUGCCCGGGCAGCCGUGCACCGACAGCCUCCUGGUCACGCUGACCGAGGACAGCAGGGGCCCCAUCGGAGACUUCUGCCCCCAGGGGGCCGUCGAGAGGCUCCAGAUCCACACCAACGUGUCCGUGACCGUGUCCAACGUGCAGAAGCAGGCCGUGAAGACGUGUUACAAGCACGCGCUCAAUGUGCGUUUCAAAGAGGAAAUACCAGAGAGGUACAUAUUCACCGUGGCUGCUAAGACGGACUCGCCCGUGCUCCUGGCUACUCCCGGCUGGCCGGCGGGAAUGGAGGGUUACUCCACCGUCUCCUGGUUCGUGUCCGUGCCCGCCGACAUGGAGGCGCGCCUGGUCUUCGCCAACCUCACGCAGCCCAAGUGCAGGAGGUACCACACGGACAUCAGCGUGCGGCGGGUCGGCCGGCCCAUGCCGGAGUACAGCCGGCGGGGGGACGAGCCGGCCCCAAGGGAGCUCACGGUGCCCGGGAGCUUCUACCUCAACAUGUCCAACUGUCAGGUGGACAAGGGGCGCUUCAGCGUCCUCACCCAGGUGUCCCUGCAGGCGCCCAAGGCGCCGCUGGCGGCCGUCCUCGGUGCGGCGGCAGCGGUCGUGGCCCUGGUCGUCGUCGCCGUGGUCGUGGCCUGCGUGGUCAUGAAGAAGAGGAAGAGCCAGAGUCACCAAUCGGCGGUGUACGAUAGCGGCGCCGCUCAAGGCUUCCCCAAGCGGCGCGCGGACAACGGGUCCCACGAGUACGCCACCAUCGACGAAAUGCUGAUCUACUCGCACCUUCUGACCGGCGAGGACUUCGAAACGGGGUCGGAGAAGGCGUCCGACGCCGUCGACUCGGGCGGCCCGCCGGUGGACGUCUACCGGGCUUUCCAGGCCCCGCCGCUUCCCGACAGGCCUCCGAGCCGCUCCCUGGUGGACAAUGACCUGUACCAGACUGGCACGGACUGAGGAGCUGUGUGCGUUUCGCCUGAGCUCGCUGGAUCCUGACAUUCGUUCCCCGCCGUGUGUGAUCGUCUGCCUGGCCAACCUAGAAAGCCUCGUGGAAUAGCUUUUAUCUAUUUAAUAAUGUCGUCUUUAGAUUUAAUGCCUUUGUAUGUGCCUGUGCCCCGUCACGGCUGCUUGUUCAGUACCCGUGUGCUGGUUACGCGCCGUUUUUACAGCCUCAUCGGAACCUGUGGACUCGGUGCCGGUCCGUGUUGCGGCCGAUCACACCAGCACGCUUUGUCCGUAGUUGUUCUCCUCUUGUUUAACAGGGUGCAGGUGAGUUUGCUGUGAACGCUUCUAGAUUUCAUCACGCCAUGAAUGUGCCUCGCAGAGAGAGGCUGAAGUUAUUUUAUUUUUCGGGAAAGCUGAUGUGCUGCUGCCUGGGAUGUGUUUGUGUGCAGAGGAGGUGGACUUUUCUCCGUGUCCGUAGGUUUCUUGUAAACUUAUCUUGAAUGAUAUGAACUAAGUAUGGAACAUAAUUUAUUAUUUCAGGCCCACAUUCCCCUUGUGCUGGACCACAGGGACCGGCCAUACAAUGAGCGUUACUCUUUGCUGGUCGAGUGAAAUGGGAUUAAAUGAAUGAUUCAGCUUUUAUUCCCAGAUCCUGCACCAGAAGAUGGAGUUUACAGAAAUGUGGCGGGUGUUUGUGUCACGGUUCUAGAAGGUGGAGGUGCAUGUGGUGAACUACAAACCUAUUUACUGUGUUGGGAGUUAUCUUAAAGCUCAUUUGUCUGUUUUGUGAAAGGUCUCAGGUUAUUUGUUGUCUGAGAGGUUCAGAAACAGCAGCUCUAGGUAUUUAACUAGACUUUCUUCUUGUCUUCAGGACUUUACGUGUUUCAUGGUACCGCCUGUUCUUCUGUGUGUUAUACAGACACUAAAGCUGUAACAUGGGCCCGAAUGUAAAACACUCUUUACUUGAAUGCAUGUCAGACAUUUUACAGUGGUUUCAGGUUCCUCAGCUUCUCUAUUGCGUGUGAAGCAGUAGGCGGUAAGUAAACAGAGCAGAAGCUUCAAAUAAACGGUGAAAAACUCA